CCCAAUCAAAAUCCUUUGUUUACUCUUGUUUGUGUUGUCUGUAGUAAUUUAUACACUUCAAGCUAGAUAGUUGAAUAUUGUGGUUUUAUUAGUUCUGGAGACUGGAAGUGGGGGAGCCGUAGGAAUGAACUCAACAAAAUCAAUCAACUUGGAAACAUAAUUGUUUACUCAAGAUCACUGAAGACUUUUAAAUACCUUUUUGUUUUAAAUUCAGAUAUUUAGUCUAUAAUAGUCUAUGUUAUUUCAAAAUUUUCACAACCAUAUGUACACCACAGUACAGUAAAGACAGUAAAGAAAAGGGCUCGUAAUAAGAAAUUCAUGGCUAGUACAAAGUCUAAAGUUUCAGAGCCAAUCAGAGCUCAAAGUCCUUCUGUAAUUGAAUGGAGCAAGACAUUAAGGUCUCGUAGCCCCUCCCCAACACGGGCUUCAUCAAGAACACUGUCACGUAGUCAUUCACCUUCAUCAAGUCAAGUGAAAACAACGAAAUCAAUACUGCGAACGCAGAGCUCUUCCCCGAAUAGACUUGCCUUUUCAACAUCAGAUUUGGAAGAUCUAAAAGUUACGCCUUCUAAAAGAUUUCCUUCAUCGAGCAGUGUACGUAAAAGUACCAGUAGUUGGGCAUCAAGAGUUAAUUCAGGAGUUAGUUUUUCAGGGAAAUCAAGUAGAAGUAUAUGUAACAAUGAUCUGGCAGACCUUGAAGCAUCCUAUAUUAAAAAUCUACAACAACAGAUUUAUUUCCUGGAACUGGAAUCUAAUUAUCUUCGUGAGCAGGCUAACAAAGCUACCGACUUGCAUCCUAAAAUGACCAUUGAAGCUGAGAAAAUGCUGUCAAAACUUCGACAACUGCAGAUGGAAAUGAGUGAUAUGCAAAUUGAAAUGAGAAGAAAGGACACUAAUUUAUGUGUCACUCAAGCGGAGAAAGAGAGAACACAGGAAAUCCUUUUGCUACAAGAAGAGUCUCGCCAUCGAGAUAAAUUAGUUAUGACAGACGAAAUAAUAACCUUGAAGAAGAUCAAGGACAGGUUAGAAAUGGAAGCAAUUCGUAGAGAUAAACAACUUUUAGAGGCUAAGACCGAGGUGGAUAAAAGUACCACCGCUUUACGUAGCGCAGAGAUGAAAAUAACUUGUCUCAAAAAUCAGUUGGACCAAAGAACAGAACAGCAUCAGUUGACCCAACUUGCGCUGGAGGAGAAAAGAUCAGCUGUUUUAUCACUGGAAGCUCAACUACGUGAUGUUGAAGAUAGAUAUUAUAAUAAUACAGUUGUUGUACACGAUAAAGUCACUCAAGAUUUAAGAGAUGAAAUAGCAUUUUUACGUCAAAAGUUGCAGGAUCUUGAACAAUCAGCAGAGAAAGAUAGAUUCAUGAAAGAGAAAUUAUCUGAUGAAAAUACCAGCCUUUCUCGUGAAAAAACUUGUACAAGUUUUAGAGUAUCUGAACUACAGAAACAAUUAGAUAGAGAGAGAUCUCUACUGGAGAAAACAGAACAACGUCAAAGAGAGAAUAUUGUCGAAAUGGUUAGUUUGCGAGAAUCAGAAAAACAACUGAAGAUGCAGCUAGAACAACAGCAGGUGCAGCUACAACGUGAACAAGAAAAAGCUCAGAGUUAUCUUGAACAGUUGACAAAACAAGAGAAACUGUCUGGUUCUGUAGAAAUACAACUGAACUCCACGAAACUGAACUUAUCUGAAACGGAGAGUUUACAUCAGGCAGCCGAGUCCGAGAACAAUCAACUACGCAAAGAUAAGAUGUUAUUGGUUGAUCAUGUAGCAGAUUUACAACGCCAGAUUGAAAUCAAGGAUCGUGAAAUUAUGACUCUCCAGUCAGAAGUUAGUUCUUUAGAUGCUAGAAUGCAGGAUCUAGAUUACCAGAAGAACUUAGAGAGUACCGUUCAUAGUCAGAAAUGGCAUGAGUUUGGUCGUUUAGCUGAGAGUAUGAGAAGUUUGUCCACAACCAUGGCCAGAUCAGCUUCCCCCACGCAAAGCCAAAGUAAAAUACUUCAAUAUUAAGACAUUUUAGGAUUAUUCAAAUUUAGUCACAUCUGACUCGAAAGUUUUUUAAAAUAUUUAAAGUAAACUAAAAUACUUCAACAUCAAAGCAUUUUAGGAUUAAUCUAAUUUAGUCUGGUCUGACUCCCAAGAUUUGAAACAGUUUAGAUAAAUAAAAAUUAAGAUUUAAGAAGAUUGAUAUAUUUAUGAUAAAGAUGAAAGAAAAUAAGGGUUUAUGAAGUGAUUGAAUGAAAACAAUGGGAAUUAUCCCUAAAAAAAUAUUGUAUUAUAAAUAUAAUAAAUUUGUAAUUGUUUAAAAUUCAGAAAACUGCAAUUCUUUUUAAUAUGAAAAUGAAAGCUUUAACUUUAGAAUUGAUUUUAUUUUUUACAAACCAACUACAUGUAUUAUUAAUAACACCUGCCUUUUAUUUCCAUGUUUUUACCAAAUAAUUAUUUUAAUUUACCGUGUGAAAGUUAUUAUAGUCUUUGUAAAACAUUUGUAUUGCGGUUAUACAUGGGCCUCUUACUUCGAUAUUUUUGCUAGUAAAAUAUUCCUGGGUUUAAUUUUUAUCAAGUUAUGGGAGUUAUAUUGAAAUGGGCUCCAUCCUCCAUCACCCCACAGAACGUUAUAAAGUAGUAAAGAGGUUUUUAUACCAAACAUACAAAUUUGAUACAAGUUUCAAAAUAAGGUCAUAUAGUGAGUUGGGUGUAUGUAAUGCUGCGGUGUGAUUUCACUGUAACAGAAUCAUGAGCCCUCAGAUAUAACAGUUGAGUGGCCUGUAAAACUGAGGUGGUUGUUGAGUGAGGUUUCACUGUAAUUGAUUCAUUAGCCCUCUGGUAUAACAGUUGAGUGGCCUGUAAAAUAGGGGUGAUUGUUGAGUGAGGUUUCACUGUAUCUGAAUCAUGAGCCCUCUGAUAUAACAGUUGAGUAGCCUGUAAAACUGUUGUGGUUGUUGAGUGAGGUUUCACUGUAUCUGAAACACAAGUCUCGUGUUGUGAUACUACAGUUGUGUUAUGUAGUAAAUAAACCCUAUUAUGUGUAUCUGUGAUAUUUUUAUUUCAUAAUUAUAUGUGUUAAUUUGUUUUUCCUGUCUGUUAAUUGUAAUGUUAAUUGUACAUAAAAUAAAGAGUUAAUUUAUUGUAAUAUUUUUAAGAAUAAUGACAUACUUAUGAAAUGAAAACUUUUAAGAUAAAAGGACCUUAUACAUGAAAACUUACAUUAAAAUUUAAGAUAAAGGUACCUUAUUCAUGAAAACUGCUAAUUUAAUUACAAUCAAUAUAAAACUUGUCAUCCUUGUUCCUCGGAUGACAGACUUCGAUUUUUGAAAUAAUCUCAUGGUUGCUUUCUGGUUCAUAUAGUUUUCACCAAUGCUGUUACAUACAGAUUAUUUUUGUGUCUUUUUUAAGAACAGGGCAGUCCACAUAUUUAUAGAUCCAGUAUCUAGUUAUAUACAAUAAGAUCAGUAUUAUUAAAACUAAGUCAAAUAGAACAUCCAAAUAUGAUAACAUUUUUUACUUGGGAUCAGAGUUUUAUCAUUGAUAGUCAACAGUCACUUACUUCUGGGAGUAAUAUGUUCAAUUAGUCAACAGUGACCUAUAGCGAGGCUUAGAGCUCAGGUUUAUUGACAAACUUUCUCAAGAACUGUCAUCUGGGCCGGACACAUUUUCUCACGAACUUACAUAAUUUCCCAAGAACUGCCACCAUUUCAUUCUUUGCCAUAUUGAUCUAUGCACAUGACACCGUUUAAGAAUAAACUUAGGAAUCUUGCCAAUAAUAUCUAUAAAGAUUUAAUUCUAGAAUCUAUUUAAUACUCUGUUACUUAAACCAUACAUUUUAUAACAUACAAAUUUGGUAUUUUUUCAUGUGUGAUUUAGAAUGUUAUUAUUUCGUUAUAUUGAAUUCAUCAAGCGAUUAAGAUUUGCUAUGGAUUGCAUUUUUGUUAUCAAAAUGAUCAUUUUAGAAUCUUGUUAUUCAAUUCAUCAAGAUGUUAAGAUUCACUAUGGAUUUUAUUGUUGUCGAAAUUUAUCAAAUUUCAGAGAAGUAAUUCAAGUAUGUAACUUAGAUAUCAGUUGAUAGUGAUUAAAUUUGUUAAUGGGGUCAGGUUUUCCACCCAUAAUUGUAUAAUGAACAAAAAUUGCAUAUCUGAACUAUGUCCAUUGACACCUAUUUUUUAUUACAUACGAACGAAUUUGAAUAUUUUGUUGACACAUGAUUUUUAGUUAUGGGCUGAAUCCGCCUGCUUAAAUAACGAUAAGAGUUAUGCCCCUUUAUUUUCGGUAAAAAUGUCCAACAAGAAAAAAAUUGAAAUCCCAACACUGUUCCAUUCAGUUAUAAUACAUAGAGCACAUAUAUACCAGUUUAACAUUCCAUGUAUUCAUAUAGUUAAUAUAUUAUUCAUAUACCACUAUCUUAUUCGACUGUGAUAUGUCUCAGAAUAUACAAGAAAUACCAAAUAUAAUGAACAUAAUAUUCAAAUUAUUUUAUUUUACAUAUUAUUCAAAUAUUGAAAUAUAAUAUUCAAAACACUAUUUUUGAUGUAUACUGAAUAACUUAUAUCACGUAAUAUUCAAAAUAUAUUGAAACAUAAUAUUCAAAGCACUUUUUAUAAUGUAUACUAAAUAACUUAUAUCGAGGUUAUAUUCAAAAUAUAUUGAAACAUAAUAUUCAAAACACUAUUUAUAAUGUAUAACUUGAGGUAAUUAUUCAAAAUAUAUUAAAACAUAAUAUUCAAAGCACUAUUUAUAAUGUAUACUGAAUAACCAGUAUAUUGGAAAUAUAAUGUAGACUUACAGCCAUAUACUGAAUUAAUAGAAAUACCAAAUAUAUUGAACAUAAUAUUCAAAAUAUAUUGAAUAAUAUUCAAAGAACUAUUUAUCAUGCAUACUGAAUAACUUAUAUUGAGAUAUUAUUCAAAAUAUAUUAAACAUAGUAUUCAAAGAACUAUUCAGAAUGCAUACUAAAUAACUUAUAUUGAGAUAUUAUUGAAAAUAAAUUGAAACCUAAUAUUCAAAGCACUAUUUAUAUUGUAUACUGAAUAACUUAUAUUGGAAAUAUAAUGUAGACAGUAAAAAACCUAUUAGUCUUUUAUAUAACAGCUCUGUAUGAAUAUUUAUGAUAUAUUGUUAUUAAACUUUAACUA